CUUGAAAGCCCUGCGGCCUCUGUUUUUUGUUCGCUUUGUUUUUCUCUCACAAAGAAAGAAGCUAAAGAGCCCUCUGCUUCUCCCAAAACCGGCCCUCAACUGAGAAAACAACCUUGAUUUCUUGAGUGAAAGUUGGAGUCUUCAAUGGACUGGGUUCGAGGAGAUACCAUUGGGUGCGGAAGUUUUGGUACUGUCAAUUUGGUAUUACCUAAAAAGGGUUUUUCAAAGAGCCCUUCUGUAAUGGCUGUCAAGUCUUGUGAAACCAUCAAGUCUGUUUCUCUCAAGAGCGAGAAGGAAGUGCUUGAUCAACUUGGUUUUUGCCCGCAAAUCAUCCGUUGUUUUGGCGAUGGUUAUACACUCGAGAACGGUGAGAGCUUGUAUAAUCUGUUCUUGGAGUAUGCUGAUAAGGGAAGCUUGGCUGAUCAGGUUAAGAAAAGUGGUGGAAACUUGAUAGAAUCCGAUGUUAGAAGAUAUGCAAGAUCGAUACUUAAAGGGUUACUCUUUGUUCAUGCCAAGGGGUUUGCUCACUGUGAUAUUAAAGUUCAAAAUGUUCUUUUGUUCGGUAAUGGGAAUGUCAAGAUAACUGAUUUUGGAUUGGCAAAGAGAAUCGGGGAAGAAGAGGGAGAUGAACCGAGGAGGAUAGAAAUCAGGGGAACUCCUCUUAAUAUCGCGCCAGAGUCGGUUAUUGAUAAUGAGUAUGAUUCACCUGUGGAUAUCUGGGCACUUGGGUGUGUCAUUGUUGAGAUGUUUACAGGGAAACCUGCCUGGAAUUUGAAACCAGGAACAAACUUGGCGGCUUUGUUGAUUAAAAUUGGUGUUAGUGAUGAAUUGCCUGAAAUUCCUGCAGAGUUAUCUAAGGAUGGAAAAGAUUUUCUUGAAAAGUGCUUUGUCAAGGAUCCAAAUAACAGAUGGACCGCUGAGAUGCUCCUGGAUCAUCCUUUUGUGGCUGCUGAUGAUGAGACUGUUGCACUGGAAGAAGAAUCGCCAUCUCCAAAUUGUUCUUGUGAAGAAUUUUCAAUGUCACCAAGAUGUCCUUUUGAUUUUCCAGACUGGGUUUCAACCCAAUAUACAGCUUCUUCUCAAUCAACUUUCCAAGAGAAUUCAAGCCUCGUUUCAUCGUUUUCGAGUUACGUGUCAUCACCUUUGGAUCGGAUUCAUCAAUUGGCUUGUCAUCAGGCACCCAAUUGGUCAGUUUCCGGGAGCUGGAUCACCUUGAGGUAGAAAAAGAGAAAGUGGUUUAAUUGCCUUCAUCAAAUCUGACGGCUCUGAUCCAAUUGGUUUUCGUUUUUUGGUGGCAAUUGGUGAUGAUUUUUGUUUGUAAAUGAUUAGGAAAGCGUAGGCAGACUGACUUUUUUCUGAUGAAAAGUUCUGAUUGGCUACUCAGAUGGCCACAGAGUGUACAGCGAUUCUUUAUUUGAAUUUUCCUUGAAAUAAAAAGAAAAAUUCCAAUUCCUUUCCCAACAAAUAUUGAACUUUACUUACGCAGAAAAUUAACCCUGAGUUGUUAAGAAUUUGUUGGGCUGCUUCAGUUCAAGUUCCAAUUCCAAUCAAAUUUUACCUAAUCAUCAUUUUUUUA